CGAUGUCGGUGAUGGAAUCGACAGCCGAAGUUCCGUGGUCUGUCCCGCGACUAUUCGAACCAGCAACUCAGUACCAUGGGGGCAGCAUCCAGGCGGCACCAUUUGAAGCGUCAUCAUUCCAUCCUUUAUGUCUACUCCGUUAUGGCAAUCAUGAUUGCUGGUGGGUUGCUAAAUGUGCGGUACAAUGGCAACCCAAUGAGUCCUCUUCCUCGGUGGGAUGACAAUAAUUCGAUAGUCGCACUGGCGAGAAGCUACGUCGACAAAAAUACCAGUAACGAUACGACUAGCGUUUAUCAGCAUGAUGACGAUGUCAAAUUAAGCGGUCCGAGGGAAAACGACACUUUGAGAACGCCGCAAUUGUCAGCAGUCGAUUCUGAAAGCAUACGAAGGACACUACAGGCACCGAGCCUGAAGAAGCGUCUAUAUCAACCUUCCGAUUUUGCAAACUUAACGCUUUUGACGUUCGGCGAUCCCAUCUUCGAGUACGGCGGCUACGACGAAGCUCCUAUCGUCAUUCCCCAGCACAAGCUACUCUUUUUCACUCUUCCCAAAGUCGGCUGUACCGUGUUUAAACAGCUGUUCCGCCGUGUUAUGAAUCUGAAAGACUGGAAAGUGCAUAACGAUGUAUUGCCACAUGUACCGGGCAUUAACGGUCUAUACUACUUGUACCAUUAUACACCAGCGGACGCGGACUACAUGUUGACGGACCCCAGUUGGACGCGGGCAGUUUUCGUUAGAGAUCCCAUCGAACGAAUCCUAUCCGCGUAUCUCGACAAGGCGACGGAUCAAAACGGAGUCUACUUGCAGAAUCACUGCUGCCCAGUAGCCGUCAAGCUGGCACUCCAGAAAAAGACUGAAGGCCAUACAGCUUACCAUCUACUUUCGUGCCAAAAACAUCUCGCCCAACAACGCAAUCCCGUGAAAACAAAUUUCGGAAAGCAAGCGCUAGUUUCGUUCGAUGACUUUGUCCAGAAGGUAAUGCCCAUAUGUUCUGAUCCACAUUGGCGUUCCCAAAAACAGCGUAUGGGGCCGCUGUACUGGGAUCACAUCAACUUUGUUGGUCACAUGGAAAAUAUCGCAAACGAUACUGAGCGCUUGCUAACGCAACUAGGUAUGUGGGAACAAUACGGUGCGUCCGGAUGGGGGUCAAACCCUCGAAACGAUGGCGAAAACACGUCCGUUUUUGCAGGUUUGUCGACCGUCAAACACGCCACGGGAUCGGGCUCUCGUCUGGAUCAGUAUUUGAAGACAAUCGACUUAAAAGCCACACUGCUACAACUAACGAGAGAGGACUACGAUUUUGGAUCGUUGGACUUAGCGUCACCCGGCAACAGCAUUUUCGAUGCAAAAACAAAAUCAUUUAUGGUUCAGCAAGUUCCUCGACAUCGUAGAAUGUUAGAUACAAUUUGGCGUAUCGAAACGGACGCGUCGCGAAUCUCCAAUCACAACAUGAUCACAUGUGACAAUUGGAAGGAAUUUUCCAAAAAUGCAAUUUACCAACGGGAAGUUGGAAACGAAGAUUGA